AUGGGCGCGGAGCUUCUGCCACUCGUCGCGAUCUACCAAUCGGGCAUGAUCCAAGACGUGCGCAUCCUCACGCGCCUCGGCCCUAACCCGCCGGACGCCAGCCUCGGGCCUGUGCACGCGGUCAUAGCGCCAUGGCUCGCUCGCAUCGGCCUCCACUUUGUGCCCCAGCUUUGCCCGAUGUUCGUCUUUAGCUGUGCGCUCGAGUACGGACGGAUCGAUCUCUUGCGCGAGCUCGUGGACAUGGGCCCACUGCGUCGGCAAGCACCGGCACGUGCAACACCUACGCCGACGACAUCUCCAUGCACAGAAACAUAG